AUGACGGAUGCAACCACAUCGUUCGCUAACGCCAUAGCGAAUCGUGAGUUCUUCACAUGGGAGCAGUUUGAAUCAGCGCUGGCGCAUUAUAUGGCCAAAAAUUUCGUCGUUUUUUCCCGCGUCUCAAGCAUCCGCAGUUCAGACGAAUUGCUACGGUUUGACCGGGCCAGUUAUCAAUGCAAAAUGCAUGCGGCUCGAGCUGAUGUGGGUGAAGGAAUGGGUGUGAUGCACAGUCGUUUACCUCCAUGUACAGCCCGUUUCUAUUUACGGCGCAAGAAAACACGUUUGGUUGUUACUUCAUUCAACAUGGAUCACAAUCAUCCUGUUUCCAAAACACUGUAUGACCAUCUCCCAAGCACUGGGAGAAUUAAUAGUUCAGACCUAGAACGGCGUCGCCAUUCGAUAGACUACAACCUACCAUGCUAUGAUAAUCAAGACUUUGCGGGCGAUAAGGAAAUCACAACCAUGGAUAUCCGGAGCUAUCGUCGUCAGUCGAAACCAAUUCCAGUUGAUCUGGGAACCGCUCGAACAUACGAAUCUAAACCGAUACCGGGUAGCAGAGAACACUUGAACCCGAAUGAAUGGGCGGAACGUUUGUUUAAGCUUUACGAACGGCGUAAAGAUCGGGCAAAUACCACCCCAACGUCGUCAGAACCGCCGUUACUGCACAUGGUGUGCCGUGUUAAACCUUUAAAAAACACCGUUCAUUAUGAACGAGCUAUUCUUGAGAGGCAUGGUCUCGGGGAAAGUAUCAAGAACUUACAGUGGGUCCUGGUCAAGAAUACGCCUUCCGUAAAUGCAGAUUUAUAUCAAGUGAAGCAUUUGGUACGGAUACAACCUGUGCAAUUUCCCCAAGGCUUACCUACGGCUUUGGAUGAUUUGACGCAGUGUCGCCUUCGACCUGAUGGACGUUUUCUUCGAUACCGAGAGAACACCGUAGAGGGACAUGUCGUGACAGAUAAUGGGUCACCCCAGUUACUGACCACCGCGAUGAAACCCGAUCUGCCUGAAGAGUUAUUUGAACAUUCCAACGCAGGUCGAGGAUACCUCAAGCGACGCUACCUCAGACAGUGGCACAAUCAGCAGUGGUCACACUUUUCCCUUUUCCAGAAUUUCUUCACCUCACAUUACCGGUACAAGCUCAACCAAGACGGGUCAGAGUACCGGUAUAGUCAUCUGUGGCGACUGGACGAUGCAAUGUUUAACGCGAUUCGUAAACGUGUUAAUACGGACGGGUCGAUGAAAUCGCCGAACCAGAACCGUUUCGAGGCUAACUGGUGCACUUUUCCUUGGGCUAGAUUUUAGUCAACUUUUGUUGCAAUACCUGGGUUGCGCCACCUGUCCUUUUUGUCCGCUAAUCAUUCGCGGUCUGGGAUUUGAGCAUGCAAAUACAAUUCUUAUUUGAAAGCAG